AUGGUUCGAGGACAAACGCGCCCUUCCCGCCGUUCCUCCCUAGUGGCCGGUCCUCGGUCCUCGACCCCUUCCAAGGAGGAAUGGGAGACGCGGAAGGCCACCAUCCGCCAGCUUUAUUUGUCCGAGAACAAAACUUGCAAAGCCAUCAAAGGAUUUCUCAAUGCAGAGGGGUUCAAUGUCACAUCCCGGCAGAUCAAAAACAAGCUCAAUGACUGGAAGUUUGAACGCAAAAAGACUCCGGCCGAGCAUUAUCUCGCCAUGUUGACUGUCGCGAAUUUUCUUGUCCGCCGAGGCAUCGAUAUUGUCUUCGAUGUCCCAAAGAGGGAUGAACGACAGGAUUACACGGUCCAAAAAGUUAAAAAGGAGUGUGACCGGAUCAAGAAGAAGAAGAAUGCGUGCGACCGGGUUCUCUUUGUCCUUCCACCCCUGGGUGAGGCUCGGAACAUUCUGCGGACCGCCGACAUCAGAUGGAAACAAAGAUAUCCUGCUAUUCAAAUAGGUGCCCGUGCUCACCUUCAGCCUCGUAGGCCCCGAUCAAGCCCCCAGCACCGUUAUCCUAGUGGUCAAGGUUUUCCCGAUGGAGCUGGCUCGUUGGCCGAUGAUGGUGACCUGUCCUCACCCAACGGAAGCGUUGAGACCAUCUUAGGAACCCGGUCGCACCAUAGUUCCCCAGUCAAUACCAUCUUCGUUCCCGUCGCCAGCUCCAACGAUCCUCUAUUUGUUAAACUUACCCCGCCGGACUCCUCGAUGAAAUUCUCUUCGGUCCAUACGCCGAACUUUCUCGGAAGCUCCUCUGGUCCCUCGCUCAUGACCAGUCCAACUCUAUCUUCAUCUCCCAGUCACGGCUCCGUCUUGACAAUUUCCGGGCUCUCUAUCUCUUCGUUUGAUUACAUCACAGACUUUUUAAACAGCGCUGAUGCUGCUGGCCAAGAAAAUGCUGCGUCCUUGGCCUGGGAUAGUGCCGGCACGGAUAUGUGCACCACUGCGCAGAAUCAUCCUGUGUGCAACCAAUGUUCUUGGCCACGUCGCCAUGUGGACUUCGGCUUUGUUGACGAGAUACGGUAUCUUUCUUCCAGGUCUGCUGCGGACGAGCAGAGAGAGGAUCCGUCUUGGAGCUUCUUCUCCCAUAUUUCUUCUCCGGAGAUCACGGACAUUGGCGUGCUCAAAAUGAGUGCCAGCAGAUGGAUCGGACCCUAUUAUUCGCAGUGUUUCGUGACACCGAUACACAUGGCUGCACUCGAGCGCAGUAAAUCUCUGUCCAUGGAGGCUCUGAAGUGUUGCUUGUGCCAAGACAAUCCGUACAUUUUUCCCGGCCUCAGCUUUAUGGUAUUGAUGCUCGGUGACAGUGGCCGAAUGGCCGAGUUAGCAGCCUUUCUCGACGCCAGCUGCACCGUCAUUGACGGACAUCAACAAAUGCGCGGAAGCUUUACCUAUGCAUCUCCAUUCCACUACACCCUGGCUUGGGCCAUCGGCGACGAAUGCGGUAUGGAUUGCUACGGCGAGAACUUCGAUCGCUCACUUGCUCAAAUUUCGCAGAUCUGGGACAAAUUUCACCCUCAUUAUCUUGUCACUGCCUACUUCUCUGCCUGGCACCAUAUUCACAAGCAUAAAUACUCCGAAGCUAUUCCACUGCUGAAAGAGUGUUUACCAAUAUCCGAGCGAGUGAUGGGACGUCAUGACCUUUUGACAAUUAAUUGUCUCGUCAUUCUAGCCCGUGCUUACGCCGACGAGGGGCAUUUGCCGUUGGCAGUAGCUCUCCUCCGGCGCGCCAUGGACCCCCUGGAUAAGAGUCAAGAGCCAAGAAUUGAAAGAUUUCGGCUUAUGGUUCUGUGCCGACUCGGCCAGUUCGAAGCUGAGAUGGGUCAAAAUGGGAAUGCGGAAGAGAAAUUUUGGAAAGUUCUCCAGGGCCGGUCCUUUGCAUGUGGCCUUGAGACGGGCGACACAUGGUCUGCCGUGUACAGACUUUGUGAUAUCUUCUCCAGAACCAACCGGGACCAGCAGGCUAAAGACCUAAUGAACUACAUGGAGAAACGCCUCAACUGGGAGCGCGAUCAAGCGUGGUAUGCGCAGAACAAACGGACGCCCCCAACUCCGCCUUGGUGGUGGCCGUUUUCUGCCGAAGAUAAGACUACAACAGACUCCUUUUUCCGAUUCUCCUGA